AUGACAGAAAAUAUCUCGGUGGAUCUGGACCAGCUCCUCACGCGACUGUCAGACACCCUGCUUUCACCGACCGCAGACGACACACAUCUCCGCACUACACCUUAUGAACGCAAUCGCAUUAGUGCCAAUGUCGAAUACGCACGAACACUCCUCCUCCGCCUCGAACACAAUACCCAAGACAUCAAGACACAAACCCAAAAGACCUCUGUUCAAAACGACCUAGCCUCAAAACGCGACCUCAUAAAACGCUUAAACACACGUCUCCUCGAGCUAAACCAAUUAGCUGCUCUCCACGACGACUCCUCAUCCUCAGAAGACGAAGACUCAGACUCCGAAUCCCAACGACCGCGAGAAUUCGCCCCAGCAGUUGCAACAUCAGAUACACUAGACACAGACCCAAGUCUUACAUCGCCACAACAAGCAGCACAAGACCUAGCUUCCACACUGCGCAACAGGACAAAUGCCACAAACAGCUCCGCAGCACCUGAUACAGCAACAACAACCGCCCUUUUCGGAAACCGCAGUCCCCAAAACCCUACUGCUUCAGGACAACCUCUAUCUACUGAACAAGUCCUCGAAUCUGCAACCCGGGAUCAAGACAUGCUCACCAGCUCUCUCGUCACACUAGCACAAUCCCUCAAACAAAGCAGCUUGCAAUUCGCCAGCUCGUUGGAAAACGAAAAAGAAGUCUUGAGGAGAGCAGAAACUGGACUGGAUAAAAACAGUAUGGGGAUGGAGGCGGCAGGCAACAGAAUGGGUGCUUUGAGGAGAAUGACCGAGGGAAAAGGGUGGUGGGAUAGGAUUAAGUUGUAUGCUAUCAUCGCGGGACUAUGGAUUGCGGCGUUUCUGUUGGUCUUCGCGGGACCGAAGUUGAGGUUUUAG